AGAGUUCAGAUAAAGAGACGGAGGACAGAAGACGACAGAAGACGACAUGGCGUCCACUCCGAGCAGCGUGUUUGUGUCUCUGACGAUGACGAUGAUGAUGACGAUGAUGAUGACAACGAGAAGCGCACCUGGACAGAAUUUCUGUACCAACACGACGGUUCUGAGGACGCAGACGACGUGUCGCUCGUGCAGCCUGAACGCUUUGACCAUCUGUCCGGCUGGCUUCACCAAGAAUCCCACUCCUGAGGACUGUAGUUACUACAUCCGCACGGCCAGUCUGAAGCUGGCCAUCAAAGGCUGCUCCUUCGUCUGUUCCCGUCAGGUCGAGCAGACCAGCUGCUGUCCCGGGUACUGGGGCCAAGACUGCAUCGAGUGUCCUGAAAAUGCAGACAAACCGUGCAACAACAACGGACGCUGUUUAGAUGGCAUGGGAGGAAAUGGAACCUGCAGCUGUAAGGUGGGUUUUGCAGGAUUUGCUUGUGAGGACUGUGAACCCAAUCGAUAUGGACCUUCCUGCAGCUCAGUGUGUAGGUGUGUUCAUGGUUUGUGUCUUUCUGGAUUGAAAGGUCACGGAUCGUGUUUAUGUUUUUCGGGAUAUCAGGGACUAAACUGUGACCAGGAGUCACCUGAGUGCUCGGCGCUGCGCUGCCAGCAGAACGCUCGCUGUAUGGAGGACGCUCUGAGCAGACAGCUGAUGUGUCAGUGUUUACCGGGUUACCAGUACUCAGGAGGACAGUGUGUCUCCAUCAACCCGUGUCUCCAGCAGGUUUGCCACGCCCAUGCCACCUGUGCCCACACUGGUCCCAACAAACACCUGUGUAAUUGUAACGAGGGCUACAGAGGGGACGGACGUGUCUGCAUGGCCAUCGACCGCUGUCAGACCAACUAUGGAGGCUGUUCCGCUGACUCCACCCACUGUGUGAACGAUGGACCUGGAAAGUCUCACUGCGAGUGUCUUUAUGGGUUCCAUGACCUGCAGGAUGGAGUCCGCUGCAGUCUGAGGGAUUCUUGCAAACCAAGUUCCUGCCACAGGAAUGCCAACUGUUCCACUGUGGCACCAUAUCAAGUCGAAUGCACCUGUCUCCAAGGUUACAUCGGUAACGGUAAAGUCUGCUACGGGAACAUCAUGCAGCGUCUGAACGACCUGAACACGGAGCCCGACAGCCAGUGGAGGGGUCAGCUGACAAGCAGCAUCACGCUGUUCGGUUCGGUGUCAUGGUCUCUGCAGAAUUUGGGUCCAUUCACCGUCUUUGUCCCGAUCAAUAAAGGCUUUAAAGGAACUUCUGUGAAGUCUCUGACCUCUGACCUUUCCAAAGCGAAAUACCUGUGUAACCUGCACAUUGUUGCUGGUAUGAUGCCCUUUGACAGCCUGAAGAAAACUGACGUCUACUACACACUGACGGGGAAAUCAGCCGAGAUGGACACAUCCGAGGGGGACACUCAGACCAAAAUCCGUAUCCAUGGCAGCAGAAAGAAGGGCGUGGUCAUCCAGUCUGAUGUCAUUGCCUCCAAUGGUGUGAUCCACAUCAUCAACAAGCUGAUGGACAGCGUCUCUGCUACUGUGGACAGUGAGCGCCAGGAGAACCUGAUGAAGAUCAUUUCUGACUACGGCAAAUUUGACACCUUCAAGUCUUUAUUACAAAAAGUGGACAUGUUGUCUCUGAUGGACAUGGCGGGUCCUUACACUGUGUUCGCGCCCACUAGCUUCGCCUUUGACACGUUGCAGGACGGCUACCUGCAGUACUUCAGUAGCCCUCAAGGUCAUACCAAACUGCUGGAGCUGCUCAGGAACCACGUGGUCCCGUCCACCGCGCUGGACAUCUAUAACGCCGCGUCUAACCCGAGGAUCAUGACCUCAGCCAAUCAGAUUCUCGUGUUUAACGUGACUGGAAAUGGUCAGAUUCUGGUCAACGGUGCGGCUGUGGUGGAGGCGGACGUCGAGGCGAAGAACGGACGGCUGUAUGUGCUGGACGGCGUUCUGAUUCCAGCCUCCAUUGAACCGGUGCUGCCACACCGAUGUGACCUCACAGUCACAGAGAUCAUCAGCGGUCCAUGUAUGAGCUGCUCAAAGAUUAAACUGAUGCAGUGUACGUCUGGAGUUUUCACAGGAUCGAACUACGGCUGUGAUUACAUGUUCUCCAUCAGUUCUCCAGGGUUUAACUUCCCAUUAAAAGGCUGCUCGCCGCUCUGCAACAUAACCUCCACGACUCCAGCGUGCUGCAAAGGUUUCUAUGGUCCAGACUGCAGCCCCUGUCCAGGAGGAUUCCAGAAGCCCUGCUCUGGACACGGUCAGUGUGUUGAGGGAAUCACAGGAAAUGGAACCUGUAUCUGUGAACCAAACUUCAGAGGGUCCCGCUGUCAGUACUGCUCCAACGCCAACAAAUAUGGACCCAGCUGUGACCGCGUGUGCGGCUGCAUCCACGGGUUAUGUGACAACCGUCCAGAUGCCGACGGACGCUGUAAAGUCGACUCGUGUUUGUCAGGUUACACCGGACCAUACUGUGAGCGCCAGACCCAGGCCUGUGGCAUCCAUGUUCAGUUCUGUCACGCCCACGCAGACUGUGACUUCAGCCAGGGGGCGCAACAGUGUGUCUGUAAAUCUGGUUACCAAGGCGACGGCAUCACUUGUGUGGAAUUGGAUCCGUGUGCGCCGCCUCAACGAGGAGGCUGCAGUGUGAAUGCAGAGUGUAUAAAAACAGGUCCAAGCACACACCGGUGUCAAUGUCUGUCAGGAUGGACGGAGGAUGGGGAUGAAUGCCGGCCAAUCAACAUAUGUGACGGUCCGGAUAGGGGCGGCUGCCAUGUCAACGCUACCUGCAUCUCCGUAGGACCCGGACAGCGUAACUGCAUGUGUAAGGCGGACUACACAGGGAACGGGCGGGACUGUGAACCCCUUAACCAGUGCGUUCUCCAAACUGGAGGCUGCCAUUACCUGGCUGACUGUCGGCUGAUCUCGGGUCAGUGGAAAUGUGUUUGCGAGGACGGAUACGCUGGUGACGGGAAAAUAUGUUACGGCACCGUGGAACAGGAGUUGAUGACGCUACCAGAUGUCUCUGAGUUCCUCACCUGGAUAACUGACUCUGGUCUGUCCCAGAUUCUGUCGGAGCAGAACAUCACCCUCCUGGUUCCGUCUUCUGCUGCCGUGGCUAAAAUGUCUUCAGAAGACAAGAAGUUCUGGACGUUAAAGGGCAACUUGCCAAGUCUUCUCAGAAAUCACAUGAUUCCAGGAAACUAUCCAUCAUCCAGCCUGAGCAGCAUGUCCUCUGUGACAUCACUUCUCAGGACAACACUUCCUUUAUCAACCAAUCAGUCAACAGUUGUGGGAGGAGCCACCAUUACCAUAUCGAAUAUAGCUGCAACCAAUGGACUCAUACAUCUCAUUGAUAAGGUUCUGGUUCCAGAUCAGAAACUGAGUGAUGGUCUGCUGGCGUCGCUCGCUCUAAGGACGGAGUUUUCUCUCUUCAGAUCGUACCUCAUUGAACACAAUCUAACAAAUGAGUUCACACAGUCGGACUGGUUCACCGUCUUUGCACCAACGGACGCCGCUGUCACAGAAUACCUCACCAAAAUGGCUGCCACUUCAAUGGAUAUAAACACCACUCGUUACCAUGUGGUGGCGUCAGAGCGCCUGCAGCUAAGCGACCUGCAGUCUGGAGGAUACAAACAGACUCUGCUCGGAUUCUCCUUCCAGCUCGGAUUCUUCCCCCGAGAUGGAAAGGUGUUUGUCAAUGAAGCUCAGAUCAACGUGUCGGACAUCCUGAGCGGUAACGGCGUCAUUCACGGUGUGACGGCAGUUUUACAAAUCAAAAGAAAUCGCUGUGAUGACAUUAGUUACGACAGCGUGAGGGGGCUAUGUCUGGAUUGUGUCUUUCCACGAGACAAUGUCUGCCCAAAUGGACUGACUCCAGACAAAUCCGCACAGACGAUGCCAUGUCUCUUCAAGAAGAUGCUCAAUGGAAAAGAAGUGCUGGCUUUGGGCUGCAGGACAAACUGCAUGAAGUCACACAUCGUUCCUCUGUGCUGCAGCGGGUAUUUUGGGGAGCAUUGUGAACGCUGCCCCGGACCAAAGGGUCAGCCAUGCUUUGGGAAUGGACUUUGUAUGGAUGGAAUCAACGGGAUGGGAAUCUGUCGGUGUAACAAGGGCUUUAAUGGGACGGCCUGCGAGACCUGCAACAGCAACAAAUACGGAGUCCACUGUGACCAGGAGUGUUUGUGUAAAAACGGAGAUUGUAACGAUGGACCAAAUGGUGAUGGGACUUGUGAAUGUGACCUGGGCUGGAAAGGCAUCCUGUGUGAUGAAAAAAUUGAAUCUGCACCUGAUGAACUUUGUGGUUCUGUUAAAUGUCACACGAGUGCAAACUGUGUCCUCAGUCGGUUCGGACCGCGGUGUCUCUGUUCUGCUGGAUUUCAGGGAAAUGGAACCAUCUGCACAGCUAAAAAUGCGUGCGCGGUGAAUAACGGAGGCUGCAGUCUCUACGCCAUCUGUAAGCGGACUCGACCCGGGCGGCGGGACUGCGUUUGUAACUAUGGUUACACUGGAGAUGGACUGGUGUGUGUCGAGAUAAAUCCGUGUCUGAAAGGAAAUGGAGGUUGCCACGUCAAUGCAGACUGUGUUCAUAUUGGACCAAACAAAACUUCUUGUGUCUGUAAUCAACAUUACUCGGGCGAUGGACUGAACUGUGAGCUCAUCGACAUAUGCAAAAAGAAAAAUGGUGACUGCCACAGGCUUUCCAAAUGUAAUAUGACAGGCCCGGGUGUUCGCACAUGUACGUGUCCCAAAAACUACAUCGGAGACGGAUUGUCCUGCAAAGGCAGCGUGGCGAGAGAACUCCUGAUCAUGAAGUUAAGAGGCUUCUACAUGUCUUUGGUGGUGGCUGACAUAAACCUGAGAGGUCGCGGCCCGUACACGGUCUUCGCUCCGUCCGAGGAGGCAUACGCAAAGGACAGACAGUUUGAAAACAAGAUGAAAGCACUGCAGUCCAAAAAAAACCAACAGGCUUAUUUAGACGUCGUGUGUAACCACAUCGUCUUGUGCCACACUCUGCUGCCCGGCGACCUGAGCCAACCCCGCAACCUGACUGCUCUGUCCGGCCGUGUCCUGACCACCAGCUCCAUUCAGGGCAGCCUCUUUCUCAACAACGUUAAUGUGAUGUACAACAAUGAGGUCGCUGUCAACGGGAUCAUCCAUGAGGUCGACACCAUUCUUUUUCCUCCCGACAUCGACAAUCAGAAGGACUCAACAGUGCCGCUGAACCUGACAGAUAUCGCCAAUCUGCAUGGUUAUAAAGUCUUCUACAAACUGUUGGAGGACGCCGGUGUGAUGGACCUAAUAAAUUACAAGAUGUACCAGCCUGUGACCAUCUUCUUGCCAUCUGAUAGCGUCAUGGCGUCUCUGCCGCAGAAGCAGAAGGACUUCCUGUACCACCAGGACAACCGUCCACAGCUGCUGGAGUACUUGAAGUACCACAUCCUCAAGGACCAGAAGGUCAACGCUGCGUUCUUUAUGCAUAUGGAAGCGGUGAGGACCCUGCAGGGCUCGACGCUCUCCUUCAGCUGCGGAGGAAUUGACAAUAUCGGAGAGAUCUUCAUUAAUGGUGGAACGUGCCGGAUCAUUCAGAGGCACCUCCUCUUCAGCAGCGGCAUCGCUUACGGGAUUGACUGCCUGUUGACUCCGCCCAGCCUUGGUGGGCGCUGUGAUGAGCAAAUAAGCUUUGAAAUGACGUUGAAAUGUGGACUAUGUGCCUCCUUGGCGACUCGCUGCCCACAUGGCUCCAAACAGAAGGAGGUUCACAAAUGUGAUCUACCCUACUUACACAUGUCAUCGGACUCCAGCUGUCGCACCAUUUGCACAGUCAAUUCAUGGCAGCCUAAGUGUUGUCCUGGAUACUAUGGACGAGACUGUCUGGUCUGUCCAGGCGGCUUGGGCUUCCUCUGCAGUAAACAUGGGAAAUGUGAUGACGGUCACUUUGGCAACGGGACCUGUACGUGUGACCCGGGUUUCCAUGGUGUGGCCUGUGAGCUAUGUGCCAAAGGAUUCUUUGGACCCACCUGCAAAGCCUGUAACUGCACAGAACAUGGGUCAUGUGAUGACGGCCGUAAAGGGACUGGUUCCUGUUUCUGUGAUGUGGGCUGGACUGGAAAACGCUGUGAAACCCCACAAGCUGAGAUCUUCGUUUGCUCACCCCCGUGCUCUCCAAAAGCGGUUUGUCAGGAAAACAACACGUGUGUGUGUCGGCCAUUUUACGAGGGUGAUGGCUUCACAUGCACAGUGAUUGACGUGUGUCAAAUCUGGAAUGGGGGAUGUGCUGCAGGAGCCAAGUGUUCUCAGACUGGACAGGAAGUGACCUGCACCUGUCCUCCAGGUCACUCUGGAGACGGCUUCUCCUGCCAGCCCAUUGACCCCUGCGCGUCCGGGGACAACGGUGGCUGCCACGAGCACGCCAUCUGCACCAUGAUGGCGCCAGGUAAGAAGAGUUGCAGUUGUAAAGACGGUUAUAUCGGUGACGGGGUCACCUGUGAGGUCAAACAGCUGCCAAUCAGCCGAUGUUUCCUAAAUAAUGGACAGUGUCACCAGGAUGCCGUGUGCACCGACCUCCAUUUUGAAGAUAAGACAGUGGGUGUAUUUCACCUCCGCUCAGAUAGGGGGCACUACAAACUGAAUUUCAGUGCUGCUCAGCAGCUUUGCAGAGCAGAGGGAGGCACUCUGGCUACAUACACUCAGUUGUCCUACGCUCAACAGGGCGGGAUGCACCUGUGUGCUGCCGGCUGGUUGGACCAGGCCCGAGUGGCCUACCCCACCACCUACUCCAGCCCCAACUGUGGAGGCGGGCACGUUGGCAUCGUGGACUACGGAGUGCGCAAAAACCUGAGCGAGACCUGGGACACCUUCUGCUACCGGCUGAAAGAGAUCCAGUGUGAGUGUAGGUUUGGUUUCGUCGGUGAUGGUUUCAUUUGUUACGGAAACCUGUGGCAUGUCCUCGGCUCCACCCCCACCUUCUCCAACUUCCUCACUCAAAUCCUGAACUCUUCUCUGGUGUCAGACUCUGGAAAACGUUUGGUGAGGAUACUCAGCGAUCCGACAGUUCAAUCCACUUUGUUUGUUCCUGACAACAGUGGACUGCCUGGCAAUCAGACACUGUCUCAGCGGGACAUUGAGUUCCACCUGUUGGAGGGACAGGCUCUGCUCCUCGGGCAGCUGAAGAACGGCAUGCAGAUCAAAACCCGUCUGGGCAGCCUGACCGUGAUCGGGGUCAGGGACCUGCUUGACCCCUCGGCUCUGUCGUCCUGCUACAUCAAUGACCGUUUUGUCAUCUCCUCCAACAUCGUGGGAUCAAAUGGGGUCAUACACGUUCUCCAGGGACCUCUGAAAGCCCCGCCCCCUCAACAUCAGCUGCAUGCGUCCCACAGGGCGGGUCUGGGAGUUGGACUGAUUCUGCUGGUUUUACUGGUGGGCGUGGUCAUCUUUGUGGCGUAUCGUUUCUACAACAACACCAUUAAACCGUUCCACUUCCACUAUUUUAAGGAUAGUGAAGAGGAGACAGCGCCUCCUGCAGACUGCAGCCGUAAUGUCUGUAACCCGGUUUAUGACGCCGCAGCAGAGCGUGCAGCGUCCCAUGAUGAUGUCAUAGUGGAGGACAAACACGAAGUGGAGAACAGCGGCUCAUACGACCUGCUGCAUGACUGAAUGGACGGAUGGCGCUCAAAGUUUCCGUUCCUAAUCUGGUUGUGGAUGUUUACAGUUGCUGUGGUUACCACUUCAGGAUCCUGGGCCCAAAUAAUUGUCCAGACAAUUCUAAAUUACAUUUAAAGACCAAAUCUCAAUGAAAGCUUUUUGAAACUAAAUCUUUCAAAAAUCGAGUCAAAUGUUCAACUCUACAGCACCAUCUAAUGGACAUAUUCCACCUGUAUUUGUUCAAAGUUUGAGUCACUUUUAACUGACUUUAACGUUGAAUAAAAUGAAGUGUUUAGUUACCAAGUCUACUGUACUCAGAUGAUCAGUCAUCACUUUAACCAAACCGUUAAUGAUUUAAAACCUCUGGAUGUAAAAAUAUUAGUUUAGGCUCCGCCCACUGGUCAGAAUGCAAACAACCAAAGUACCUUUUAAUGCAUUGAGCUAAAUUUACACCUGAACUUGUUCCUGUGAUCUGAACUGCUGCUUUCU